AAGAAUAUUAUCGAAGAAAAGAACAUAGCUGAGCUGUUAUUGUUUUAUGGGUCAAGAUUGAGAAAGGAAAAAAAAUAAAAAAACACCCUUGUCUUGUUUUUUUGUUGUUAAUGAUGCUUUGUUCCUUUUUUUCCAAUCCAUGGGUUUCAGGUGUCAAAGUAAGAAGAAAUAGGAGAGAGAAAAGAGAGUGAGAAAGGAAGGGAAGGAACCAGACCCUACAUAGUUGACAAAAUUAGUAAUCAUUACUAGAGAGAGCGCGCGCCUGUGAUGCGUUGCCUCAGAUCCAGGCAACUCAUGGUGGCUUUUUCCCUCUCACUAGAGUUGACAAAGUUAGAUAGAGGAGAGUUCAGAGAAGAAAUUGGUAAUGUUUGAAAAGGGUGUGGCAUAGCUAUUGUAUGGUUAAAAUUUCCAGAAUUGGAAGUCUGGAUCCGUUGUUGUUGACCAGAUCUGACUACCCCAUUUCACUUUCACAACUUUUUAGCUAGUUCAUGCCUUGCAUCGCCUGAAUUUGCCUAUUCUCUUUCUUAUAGGGCUACUUAGGAAUGGAAAAUGCCACACUUCACAUUCCAAGAUCCUUUUCAAUCAGAAAAGCAGGGAUUUUCAAUGGAGGAGAUGUCGUUCGCGGUUGCAGUGCCAUUAAGAGUAGGUAAUUCAGUCUGUGAUAACCCAACCGUAGCUACCCACAUGGAGGUAUCCAGAUUUAAGCUGAUGGCAGAUGCAGGGUUGUUAUCUAAUUCUGUCACUGAGAUUUCUACUGAGACGGUUGCAGGUUCUGAUGAUAGUCAUAGUGGUGCCAAUUUGGAGGAUGAAGUUGGUAUUACAGAAGUUACACCACCAAAACAGGAUAUGGAAGGAGAAAGUCCUUUGUCGGAUAUGAUAUCCCAAAAUAGAAGCACUUUGGUUCCUGGUGAUGAAGUUUUAACCCAAGAAAUUGAUGAGGAUGAUUCAUUGUCAUUGGAAGGUGAUCAGAUUAUUGAUAGCUCGUGUUCUCAUUCAGCAGUCAGUGAGAACAGUAGUGUAUAUGGAGAGGAGUUCAUCAGUUUUGAUGCUACUUCAGAUGUUGGGACACUGAGUUCCAUAGACAUAGAGAAGAGCAUCUGUGCUGUGAAUAUUGUUGCCCAGGCUGCUGAUUUGGGGGAGUCAAAUGUUGACACAGAUACUAUGAGUGAGCCCCUUGCUGUGGCAGUGAGCCUUGAAGAAGAGACUGGAGUUGGAUCUGGCCUAAAUCCUUCUACGGCAGUUCUUCAACAGCUGCCUCAGGAAAAAGGGGUGAGUGGAACACUUGCUCGGAGUGUUUUCGAAUUGGAUUAUGCCCCACUUUGGGGAUUCAUAUCUAUGUGUGGAAGAAGACCAGAGAUGGAAGAUGCUGUUGCAACUGUCCCUCGAUUUAUGAAAAUUCCUAUUGAAAUGCUAAUUGGUGAUCGGGCAGUUGAUGGAAUAAAAAAGUGUUUUAGUCAGCAGACAACUCAUUUCUUUGGAGUCUAUGAUGGCCACGGUGGCUCUCAGGUGGCAAAGUAUUGUCGUGAUCGUAUCCAUUUGGCCUUGGCUGAGGAAAUAGAACUUGUCAAGGAAGGUCUAAUUAGUCGAAGUAUCAAUGAUGGUUGUCAAGAUCAGUGGAAAAAAGCUUUCACCAAUUGUUUCUUAAAGGUUGAUGCUGAAGUUGGAGGAAAAAUUAAUAAUGAACCUGUUGCCCCAGAAACUGUAGGCUCCACUGCUGUUGUUGCUGUUAUCUGUUCAUCUCAUAUUAUAGUUGCAAAUUGCGGUGAUUCAAGAGCGGUUCUAUGUCGCGGCAAAGAACCCAUGGCAUUAUCAGUGGACCAUAAACCAAACCGAGAUGAUGAAUAUGCAAGAAUUGAGGCAGCUGGAGGAAAGGUGAUACAAUGGAAUGGCCAUCGAGUAUUUGGUGUUCUUGCAAUGUCAAGGUCCAUUGGUGAUAGAUAUUUGAAGCCAUGGAUUAUUCCAGAACCAGAAGUUACGUUUCUUGCUCGUGCGAAAGAUGAUGAAUGUCUCAUUCUGGCCAGUGAUGGUCUGUGGGAUGUAAUGACGAACGAAGAGGUGUGUGACCUAGCUCGGAGACGAAUACUUCUCUGGCACAAGAAAAAUGGCAUGGAACUACCCUCAGAAAGAGGAGAGGGUAUUGAUCCUGCUUCACAAGCAGCAGCAGAGUUCCUAGCAAACCGUGCUCUCCAGAAAGGAAGCAAAGAUAACAUCACUGUUAUUGUGGUUGAUUUGAAACCUCAAAGAAAAUUUAAGACCAAGACAUGAUGAUGAAUUCAACUGCACUUUGUUGUUUGAAGAUGAUUGAACGAUAGAAAGCUUAAUAUAAUCCAAUAUAGUUUUGCCCCAUUAAUUUUUCACCAGGGCAUAUAUUGAAUAGCACUCUGUACUAUAAUACAUCCACGUUCACUAGAACUCUCCACUAAUUAAGAGUCUCUUUGUUUACUGUGCUGCCAUUGGAGCUAUGUAAAUCUUAGCUGCUUUGUUGUAGGGAUAGGAGACUAGUUCCAUGCCUUUGACAUCUGUCAGCAUAUUGUAUUCAUUAUUAUUAUGCCUCCGAGUACAAAAAAGCUCUGUGAGGUAUUUUACUUCAUCUUCAUAUUUUAGCUUGCGUGUUUAUAAAGAAGCAGUAGCUAAUUGUUAAGAGUGGCUUUCAAGUUGUGAUCCACUGUCACAGGUUUUUUUGUUACUUAAGACCUCCUAAUUAUGUAGCAAGAUGGAGCUUAGUCAAGAAAUAUGUGUCGGUGGUGGAUUAAUAUCAAUGGCCAUGAUCCAAGUCCAGUGGUUAUACUGCAGCAAUGAUGGUGGGGGACAAUGAUAGGCAAGGGUGCAUAAGAAGAUUCGUAGUUUCUUUAUUCUUUUUUUGUGGAUUUUGAAUGGUGAACCUGUGCAUGUCGUAGUUUUCCACUUAAUUCUGAAGGUAUCUAGUUGUAAAUAGGAAAUUGGCUUAUCAUUUAUUGGCACAUCUUGAUCCUUUUUUCUUAAAAUG